AACUCUACACUUACUGUGAUAUACUAUACGUAGUUGAAAAGUAUAAGAGAAUGAAACAACGUUGACUGCUUCUCUCUUCUCUUUCCACUUUCUUACAAUUGUUUUCUCUUAUUUUACUUCACUUUCCCUCCCAGUUUCCUCACUCCUGCAACCCCAUCUCUUGCAUUACCUCAAUUCCCUUUUUAAAUACUUUUUUUUUUCUGAGUUAUUGGUAAAUCAAUCAAUUCUAUUCGAGAUUGCUUCCUCAAUUCCGAUCAAGAGUUUGAGCUGGAUUGUCGAUUUUUGAGCUUUACUGUCUGCUAAGGAUUUCAAGCGAGACGAAAUCAGGGAAACCAUAGAGUCUUUGACUUUUCAGCUAAAUUCAGGUACUUUAAGCCCAUCCAUUUCUGGGAUGUUUGAAAGAUUUAAUCUUUUUACCUUUUUGGGAUAAUUAGUUUUCAUUCUCAUCUGGAUCUGGUUGGUAUCCACACGUGAAAACCAUCUCUGGGGUUUUAAGAUCUUACCCAAGCUUUGCUGAUUUUGGUCAUUUUUUGUACUUGAAGAAAGGAUUAGCUGGAUUUUGUCGGAUUUUUGAAAAAGUUUCUUCUGAGAGGGCCAUUGAGUGCACUUGAUUACUGGGUUUUACUUGUUUUAGAUCUUUGCAGUCUAUGGGUUACUGAUGUCUGAAAGGUCAUCACACCUCUGCCAUUUUAUCUAGAAUUGACACACCACAAGCUUUGGUCCUUAAGUCAACUUCUACGCUGAAAGCUAUAUCUAUAUAAUUUUCAUCUCAUCCUUUUAGUGAAAAUCACCUACCUCAAGGUCCAAAAGUGCUUCUGGGUUUUUAGGAUCUUCGCCAUUACCAUUUGAAUCCUUAUCAGCUAUGAUGGGCUGUCAAUCUAGUAAAACGAAAGGAGGUGAUCCAGAACCGUCCUCCCAAGUCCAGACCGAUUCUAAAUUAGAAGCUGACUUGAGCUCUUAUGAGGCUGCUUGUAGACAUGAUCCAGCUUUGCAACAUUUUGAUGCAACCCUCCAUGAACGUACUAACCAUGUCAUCAGCGCACUUGCUGCUGGUUUGGGGGUUUCAUCCAUAUCAUUCGACUCACUCAAAGAGGUGACUGGUUGUCUUCUUGAAACGAAUCAGGAAGUAGCCAAAAUCAUUUUAGAAAGUCAGAAAGAUAUAUGGGAUAAUCCGGAAUUGUUUUCUUUGGUAGAGGAAUACUUUGAUAACAGUAAAAAGACUUUAGACUUUUGUACUGCUCUUGAGAAUUGCCUCAAACGUGCUCGAAAUAACCAAUUAAUUAUUCAGUUGGCAGUUAGGAAGUUUGAGGAAGAGGUUGAGUUACAAGUUGGGACUGAUGGGAAGAAAUUUGUGAAGACCUUAGAAGAACUAAGGAAAUUUAAAGCAGCUGAGGAACCUUUCAGCAAGGAGUUCUUUCUACUGUUUGACUCUGUCCGAAGGCAGCAGGAAUCAAUGCUAGGGAAAUUGCUUUUUCGGAAAAGAAAGAUUGACAAGAAAUUGAAAUCUCUGAAAACAUGGAGGAGGGUGUCAAAUGUCUUGUUUGUAGCCACUUUUGUCUCUGUGUUGAUUUUUUCUGUGGUGGCAGCAGCCAUAGCUGCACCACCUGUUGUAACAGCUUUGGCAGGUGCAUUGGCAGUUCCUAUCGGUUCAGUAGGAAAAUGGUGUAACUGGCUUUGGAAGCGCUACGAGAAUGAGCUAAAAGGGCAGAGAGAGUUAAUAACUACAGUGGAGCUUGGUGUUAGGAUUACAAUCGGUGACUUGGAUAACAUAAGAAUGCUUGUCAGCCGAUUGGAAAUAGAGAUCGAGUCACUGUUGCAUUAUGCUGAUUUUGCUCUUAGAGAAGAAGAUGCAGUGAAGCUUGCAUUUGAUGAGAUCAAGAGGAAGUCAGAAGAAUAUAUGGAGAUCAUUGAGAAAUUGGGUCGACAGGCUGAUGUGUGUAGCCGUGAUAUUAGGAAGGCAAGGGCAGUGGUUUUGCAGAUAAUGACAAGACAUUCAGGCACGUCAACGACUGGAGGCAGCCCUUGGGAACUCUAGAAAUGACAUAUCUCACUGUGCUUAUGUUGUAUCUAUUUUAUGUUCUAGGUAAUGAAAUUCAUCCUCCAGCCAUGAGGUGACUCAAUUUGGAUUUUACCUAUAUAUAAUAAUUACAUUGUUCAGCUGGUCUAA